GAACCAGCUCAUGAUCUCACGAUGUAUGGAAAAAUAAUCUUUGUAUUACUAUUGUCAGAAAUUGUGAGCAUAUCAGCAUUAAGUACCACUGAGGUGGCAGUGCACACUUCAACCUCUUCUUCAGUCACAAAGAGUUACAUCUCAUCACAGACAAAUGAUAAGCACAAACGGGACACAUAUCCAGCUCAUAGUGUUAAUGAAGUUUCAGAAAAUUCUGUUACAACUGUUUACCCUCCAGAAGAGGAAAAUGGAGAAACGGGACAACUUGUCCAUCGUUUCCCUGUACCAGCUCUUGUAGAGAAAAUACUCAUUGUUUUGUGUCCGAUGGCUGGUGUUAUUGGAAUGAUGCUCUUAAUUUAUUACAGUAUUCGCCGACUGAUAAAGGUUUUCAUGCCUCUGGGAUUGGGAUUAGAGAAAGAAAGCAAAGAAAGGACAUUUUUUUACUUCACUGUUCACAGUGUAAUCGUGUGCCUGACGGCUGUAGCUACUAACUUGGCUUACAUUGACUGA